AUGUUAAAAAAAGUUCCUUCCCAAAUAUCUUUAGGAGUUGGUUGUUAUAGCUCAAAGAGAUUUGAUGAUAAACUUAAGAUAAAGAAUGGUGACUUUAAAAUAGCAGGAUUCAAAAUUUAUCUAUCAAAUAAUAAAAUUUGCGGAAUAGGAAUUAUCUAUUAAAAUAAAGCAAAUGGAAGAAAGAUUAUCUUUACAGAUACUUCUUAAAAUCAAAAGUAUUCAGCCUUAUAUGAAUUUAAAAUUCCAUCAAGUAUUUUUUACUAAUCAAUAAAUAAUAGAUGAUUAUAUCUAGGUCAUUUUUGGAUAUUGUGAUGAUGAUUAACUAAAUUAACUUGGCAUUAUCACAUACUCUGGAAAAUAAGAAAUAUUUGGAAUCGAUAAAGGAACUAAAUUUAAUUACAUGUUUAUGGGUUAUACUUUCUCUGGUUGUAGUGGUAUUUUUAGAUAAGGAUCAAUAGAAUCACUAAAUUUUCAAGUACUAAAGCUUCCAAAAGAUUAUGUAUUUCACAAUGUAAUUAUUACAAACAAAUAUUUAGCUUAGCCCUUUAUUUGAUAUACUUUAUCCAAAUAUCCUUGAAGAAAAUACUUAAAAUAGAGAAUAAUCAGAUUAGAACACCUUAAAUUUAUCAGAAUUAUCAGACUAAUCAGUUGAAAAUGCUUCGGAAAUAAUCGAUUAUUAAUCAACUAAUAAAGAGUAAAUAUCACAAUCAAAUGAAAUUAAAAAAAUAGAAUAUUCAGAAUUUGACUUUUAAUAGGUGAAUGUUGAGAGGAGACCACAAUAAUAAUAAUUCAGUUAUGGACCCAAUUAUAAUCGAAACCCCCAAAGAAAUGGAUUCGACCCUAGUUUAAGAUAAAUUGGAACAGGAAUAAUGAUAGGAGAGAUGAUUGUUAAGCUAAUUUUACGUCAUUGA